UAUUUAAACCAAUCAUAACUCCCUAUUGGAUGCCAUUUUCCCUGCUCCACCAAUAGGGGCAGUUAAGUUCAACCCACAUUUUAAGGUUGGUUGGUAGAGAAGGAAGGGGACGAGUGAGGACUCACACGGAAGACCACUGAAGCUCAACGGGGCCAAUUUUCUGCUCUCCAUCUGUUGCUGCCUGUUUUUUACACGGUGUCCAACUCGUCGCUUUGACUGUCAGAAGACCAUGGAGACAGAAAUUGAACAGCACGAAGAAUCAUUUAGCAACAACGAGACAAACGGUAAGCGCCCUGCUGAGGAUGCAGAUGAACAGAAAUCGUUCAAGCGCUCGAGGAAUUCAGACGAGAUGGUUGAGCUUCGCAUCCUCCUGCAGAGCAAAAACGCAGGAGCUGUGAUUGGAAAGGGUGGUAAAAACAUCAAAGCCCUGCGUACAGACUACAAUGCCAGUGUGUCAGUCCCAGACAGCAGUGGGCCUGAGCGCAUCCUGAGCAUCAGUGCUGAUAUUGAGACAGUUGGAGAAAUCCUGCUCAAGAUUAUUCCAACACUUGAAGAGUACCAGCAGUAUAAUGGUAUGGAUUUUGACUGUGAGCUGCGUUUGCUGAUCCAUCAGAGCCUUGCGGGCUCAAUCAUUGGGGUGAAGGGAGCCAAAAUUAAGGAGCUCCGGGAGAAUACAAAAACCAGCAUCAAGCUGUUUCAGGAGUGCUGUCCUCAGUCAACAGACCGUGUGGUGCUAGUUGGUGGUAAAACAGAGAGAGUGGUGGAGUGUAUCAAGACCAUGCUCGAGCUCAUCGCUGAUGCCCCCAUAAAAGGUCGCGCCCAGCCCUAUGACCCAAACUUCUACGACGAAACCUAUGAAUACGGUGGAUUCACCAUGAUGUUUGAAGACCGGGGCAGCAGCCGAAGAAUGAUGGGAGGCUUCCCAAUGCGUGGUGGAAGGUCCAGCGCUGGAGACCGUGGCUAUGAAAGGAUGUCUUCCAGCAGAGGCCCACGUGGUCCCAUGCCCCCCUCUCGUCGGGACUACGAUGAUAUGAGCCCCCGUCGAGGUCCUCCUCCUCACCCAAGCAGAGUCAGCAGGGGAAGUAGCCGUGGACGCAACAUGUCCAUUGGACAUCCACACAGAGGAGGAGAUGAUCGUUACUAUGACUCGUACCGUGGCUCAGAUGAAAGGUCAAAUGACAGAAGAAGCAGACCAGAUCGCUACAGCGAUAGCAUGGGGGGGGCAUAUGACAACAGUUCAUCUUGGGAUAGCUACCAGUCAGGUGGACGAGGCUCCUACAGUGAUAUAAGUGGUCCUACUGUCACCACACAAGUGACGAUCCCCAAAGAUCUUGCUGGGUCUAUUAUUGGUAAGGGAGGCCAGAGGAUCAAACAGAUCCGUCAUGACUCUGGAGCCUCUAUCAAAAUCGAUGAGCCUCUGGAAGGUGCUGAGGAUCGAAUAAUCACCAUUAUUGGCACACAGGAUCAAAUCCAGAAUGCUCAGUACCUUCUACAGCACAGUGUGAAGCAGUACUCUGGUCAUUUGCUGUAGACCCAGGAGACUCUGACUGAAGUAGACCCAGAUCACCCUCAUUAUCUCAAACCUUUCCACCUCAGUGUGACUCAUUCACUUCAAAUCUUUUUUUUUCUGGUUCAUGGGUGUUUUUCUUAUUUUUUAGUUUAACUUUAUUUUUGUAAUUUUGUUUUAUUGGAAAAUAUCUAACAUUCCUGUGCAUUUAAAAUGUAGAUGUCCUGCAUUUUUAAGAGUGUCGUCUAUCAGUUUGUAAGAGGCUUAACACAUCUGUUAUGGUCUAGAAAAAGAGAAAAUGUCAUUCUUUUGCUUGUUUUCCUCCAUAAUGUCUACAUUUGUGACUUAAAAAUCUGUCCUGUGGGUGAGCAUGCAUGUUGACAAGGUUCCUGCAUUUUUUAAUCAAUCCCUUUACACAGUGUUGUACAAAAAUACAAGUUGUGCAACAUAGAGAAUGUAAAAUGUCCAUUUUGAACCAUUUAUUUUUAUUAAAAAGAAAUGUAAAUUUUACCCUGAAAGAUUACAGUUUUUUGGGAUGUUCUAAGUUGCGAUGCUUGUACAAGCCUGGUACAGGACACUGAAUUAUUUUUAAGGAUAUAAUUUGUGUAACAAAUAAGCUGACUCGUGUAACUAAUUCUUCACAAAUGGUAACUUGAAGUGAGUGAUUAUUUGACAAACUGAUUAUUUUGUCUCAUUGACCCUGCAUUAUCUGUGCUCUGUACUUGUUUGUGCACCAUGCUGUAGUCGUCACUCUUUGAAAUUGUAAAAUGAAUAAAGAUGCCACUUUUUAACUAA